GUACGGGACUCAGCCAGCGACGGAGACUCGCGUCGAGGAGGUUAGGAGCGAUUGGUGUGCCGGUGGUGGUGGGCUGCGUGCGUUUCCCCGAGGAGAGCGCGCCACGACAGAAACGUGUGCCUCUCUGCCUAGUGCCUGCGUGCCUGCCCGCUCGCUCACCCGCUUCUGGUGAAUUCGUAUGGUGAAUUAUUGAUCCGCGGCGGCGUGUGCGUGCGGAAAAACCGCGCGCGACUAUAACGCACCGAUUCACGCUCCAUACUAAAACCUGAUACUAAUAAACGAAAGAAACUAAAAGUUUACCGAAAGUCAAAGAUACAGACAUAGUAACCUGUUGUUUUGAAAACUGUGCGCGCGACUACACGUAUGUUGCAUGAGAUUGGAGGUGGAGCAGUGGUGGCAGGAUUUUCUUUCCCCUAGACGGGACCAAGCGAGAAGUGCGUGCACAUAUUCCAUUGCUCCGAACGUAGUGUCUUUCUCUUUUUCUGUCACUCUCUAUUUCCCUCUUUCUCUGUUUCGGUCUUUCUUUCUCGUUCUGUCUCGUUUCCCCGCUCUUUCUCAGCUAUACGUGUAUGCGUCUCGCUCUAGCUGCGUUACCUUUGCCGCGUGUGCAUCCACGAAACUAAACGCGGGAAAACCUACGGCGCGAAAUAUAUCCCAGAGGAAUGUACACUUAUCGUGUUCUUAUCGUGGGACACGUUCAGUUUUCGAAGCUCGGCCAGUGAGUGAGAUUUCGAAGACCGUGCGAAAGUAUGUUGGCGUGAAGGCGACGAAAGUAUGUUGUCGUGAGACGACCACUGAGAUUAAGGUUCGAGGAACUUGAACGCAAACCUCUUUCGGGUAUUGAUAAUCCAGGACGAGCGCAACCUACCUCCACCACCGCGACUUGGAUGGAUACUGUGCAUUAUUUCUGGAUAUCAAACAGAUUAUGGUGUCGGGGAGUUCGGAUAAUAGAAUGUUCGACUAGCAGAGUGCACCCACGUCGCCGUCAUCCUGACCUGCCCGAGAAAUCCUCAUGAAAGACUGGGAACUCAGUACUCAGAAUAGCAUCGGCAGUGCGGUGGCUGCAGCCGACACCAUUUCCGCGCCGUGGACUCCCACGAGUUCCGGGCCGCCGCCCGACGCGAACGGCUCCGGCUCGGAUACCAAGAACCUCGACGUUGGCGAAAUUAGCGAUGACGAGAAGGACCUAUCGGCAGCGGACGCGGAGGGUGUAUGGUCGCCGGAUAUCGAGCAGAGCUUCCAGGAAGCUCUCACUAUAUAUCCGCCAUGCGGCCGACGCAAAAUCAUCCUGUCCGACGAAGGGAAGAUGUACGGUCGAAACGAGCUGAUUGCUCGUUACAUCAAACUGAGGACAGGCAAGACGAGAACGCGAAAGCAGGUCUCUUCGCACAUACAAGUGCUUGCUAGGCGAAAACUUCGCGAGAUCCAAGCGAAACUCAAAGUGGAUCAUGCCGCCAAGGAGAAGGCGCUGCAGACUAUGUCGAGCAUGUCGAGCGCCCAGAUAGUAUCAGCUGGGAGUGCGAUACACAACAAGAUGCCCCCCGCCCUCGUGGGGCCCCUUGCCCUUCAUGCUUCCACCCCUGUCUCCUAUCCCGGAGCGAAAAAUACUCCAGAGAAAAAAAGUAAAAAGAGGAGCCACGAGCUUUGGGGUGAGACGACGAGACACGCUUGCUCGACACGAUACCAAUUCUGGCAACCGGGUCUGCAGCCAGGAACGUCACAAGAUGUCAAACCGUUUUCGCAGCCGGCGUAUACCGGAAAACCAGCGACAGCGGUUUCAAGCGGUGACAUGGUCCAGGCUCAACCACCCCCGCCUUGGGAAGGACGUGCCAUCGCAACCCAUAAGCUUAGGCUUGUAGAGUUCUCGGCCUACAUGGAACAACAGAGAGACCAAGAUAUUUACCACAAGCACCUGUUCGUCCACAUAGGAGGAUCCGCGACUUACGCGGAUCCAUUGCUAGAGGCUGUUGAUGUCAGGCAAAUAUAUGACAAAUUCCCAGAGAAAAAGGGCGGCCUGAAGGAACUUUACGACAAGGGACCACAGGCGGCCUUCUUCCUGGUUAAAUUCUGGGCUGAUCUCAAUACGAACAUUCAGGACGAGGCUGGAGCCUUCUACGGCGUAACAAGCCAGUACGAGAGUAACGAGAACAUGACGAUAACGUGUUCGACCAAAGUCUGCUCUUUCGGAAAACAGGUAGUGGAAAAAGUGGAAACAGAAUAUGCUAGGUUCGAGAAUGGCAGGUUCGUCUAUCGUAUUAGCCGUUCACCUAUGUGCGAGUAUAUGAUCAACUUUAUACAUAAAUUGAAGCACCUGCCGGAAAAGUACAUGAUGAAUAGCGUUCUCGAGAAUUUCACCAUUCUCCAGGUUGUAACGAACAGGGAUACGCAGGAAACUUUAUUGUGCACAGCAUACGUGUUUGAGGUGUCGACGUCCGAGCACGGUGCACAACAUCACAUAUACAGAUUGAUCAAGGAUUAGCCUGCUUGAACCUGCUCGCCAUGCAGCCAUCCACCCCCAUCAGUGCCUACCAUCACAUAAAAAAAUUCAUCCAUACGCGCAUACACACGAUUAUACAUAAAAAUAUUAACCCUUUAAAGCGUCAUGGUUAUUUCAUACAACCACCAAUAUUAAAUUCUUUUUAUUUCAUUCCAUAUUCGUUUUUUCAUCCUUCACCAGGGAUAUAAAUAUGAUAUUUAUAGAAUAAAUAUCAUAUUCAUAUCAUGCAUUGUGUGAAAACUAAAAUUUGAUUUUAAUUCAUUUACAUAUAAAAUAUGUAAAUAUUUCUAAGAUUUUAUUUUCUCAUUUUUUCUAAAUUGUAAAUUUUUGUAAAGGUCAUUAGAAUGUACGCUUCAAGGGGUUAAGCGUGAGUACAUGAUUGUAAACACGCUCUUACUAUACACGAGUACAUACAUUUCGCGUCUAUGUAUAACAGAGUUUCUAUCGAAAAUGUUCUGUUAUUAAAUGAAGGAAAAAAAUAUAUAUGAAACAUAUAGAAUCAUGUGUUUAUUCGAUGUUUAUUUUUACAAACAGAAAGUAGAUUGGGCGAUUGUUGUAUAAAUGUACUUUUUUUGCAUGAUUUUUAAUCUUAUCAUGUAAUUUUUAAUUCUAAUUAGGUGUUGUUUUGUUCAGUAUUUCCGAACAUUUUCUAUAAAACUCCUUAAAGAGAACUUGAAAUACACGAUACAUAAAUAUAUUACACAUACAUACAUACAGGGAUACAUGUACAUCUUCACACGUUCGAAGUACUGGCCAGCCCGAGCUUGAGUUUGAUUCAAAAAGCUGAAAGAAAUUGUACUAAAAACAAAAAGAAUUGGUACGCGUGUUUUAACGUAUCGUGGAAAGGAUUUCCUGCUUGUGGUCCGCAGGAAGCGCGUUCCAGAUGACGAAAUUGUAAAUUUUAUAUUAAAACAGAUAUAACCAUAUAUAUAUAUAUAAAAUAUAUAUAUUUUAUGAAUAUUCCGUCAUUCGCUUGCAAACGAUCGAAUUUGUCGCGAUUUUAAUAAAAGAGAUAUAAUAAAAGUUAAGUUGAAAUUAACGACAAUAAAUUUGGUAUGGAAAGAAAUGCGUGUCGGGGAUAUAUAGUGUAUGUAUACCAAAAUGAAGAAGAGGAAAAAAUAGAAAAAUACAUAAAAAAUAAGAAUAAUAUGAGAAACAGACUCUGAUCUCGGAAAGGCGUGGUACCAACAUAAUUUAGUAUUAUAGUUUUAUUAUUAAACUAGGAAAUAGAUCAGACAAGACAUCCACACACAGAUAUACAUAUAUUACAUAUAAGAAUAUAUAUGUUAAAUAUUAAUGCAAUGAUUACGAUUUACAUUGUUAUAAAUGAUCGUGUAUAAAGUUAUCUAAGUGAUUUCUAAGUUUUAAACGAAAUGGAAGUUGAAUAGAGAGAUAAUGCCAUUAUGAUUUCUUAAGUUUCCUUGCUUACAGUUAUCAUUAUAGUUCUCUUUUUUUUCUUUUUUUAAUUAUCCAACCAAGUAAGGUUGAGGAGUAAUCAUUACAACAGAUCUUUUCUUAAGCUUUUUGUUGGUAGAACUGUUUUCUCUUUUUUUUUCUUAGCUGUAUUACGACUAACGGUAAGAAUCUUUUGCUGCAAAGCUUUUUAAUCCUCAAUGAUCAGAUGAAAGAAAAUAAUGAUUUUUACUUUUUGAAAAAGUCUUUUAAUAAACGCACUUACAGUUGUGCAAACCCACCCACUCUUAGGCAGCGACACUUAGAUUAGAGGGAUGUGUUUGUAUUUCCUGUAAUCAUUUUAUUUCUUACUCUAAAAUCUUUCUUCCUUAUUCUCCUUUUUUUUUGUUCUUUUCCUCUUUCUAUAGUUCUUACACGAAUGACUUUUCUUACUUAGCGUACUUCGUUUGUUUUUAUCUUUCUACUACACAUUUACUGAAGCGAGUACAUCAGAUUCUAUCGAUUGCGCGCACUAGAUACGGACGACGUCCAUCGAACAGAGAUAUUCUUCUCUCUAACUUGGUGAUACAAUCAUCUUAAUGCUUUUCAACCGGAGAACAUUGAAAUUAGUUCAAGAGCAUAAAAAUAAAAUCCGAUCCUUGAGCGUGAUUCUCCAGUUUUUUGAUGAAGAAGUACUACGUAAUAGCGUGACUUCAUCGCAGCUCUCUAAAUUUGAGCGCACUUUCAACAGAGUUCAUUCAAAACCUUGUUUGUGUUUCGUACUUAAUAUCAUUUCGAUGUAUGGACCAGAAAUGUUUGACAUUCAGAUUCUGUUUUUCAGUAACGAUCACAUAAAAGAGCAGAGGACCAUAUAUUAAAAAAUCCUACAGUUAAUUUUAUUUAAUCACAUCUCUCACAGAGACUACAAAUAUUGUGAAUGCACAGGAAUCUUCUUUUCGUAUUCUUUAAUCUGAUCAAUUCCUUGUUCUGAAACAGGACUUGCCUAUGGAGCAGUGAAUAUUAAGAUAAUACAGAAACAAAUUAUGUAUACUUUUAAGGAAAUAAUUAAUACUUACUGUAUUCUUUACUUUAAUUAAUUUUUACGCAACAAGUGGCAAUGUAUUUUGAUCUCUCUUUUAGUCAGAAAUAUGUCGCUUUUUAUUCGGGGUGAGAAUUAAAUUCGCUAAGUGAUUGACUGAAUAACGAAGGAACUUACAUAUUUAAAUAAUAAUAUAUGUGGCUUUCGUUCAAUAACUGGCAGCUUUCACAAUUUUCGCAGUUUUUACUUAUUGUUACUUUUUUUUUUUUUUUUUUUUGUAAUAAUUCAUUGUAAGAUUCGUUUUUACGUAUUAUAUCUAUAAAUUGUAAUUUUGCGCUAAAUUGUGUCUAUAUUAAGGUGGAGUUGGAACCAUUAAUAUAAUUUCGGAAAUCGUGACCGAUUUCAAAUUUGAUUAUUAGCUUUUGUUACUAAUAAUUAUUAAUAUUUGAAGAGUAUUUAUAUGGAAGAACACAAAAUGUAAGAAUAUAGAACGAAAAUAAUAAUACAUUGCAAUGAGAAUGAAUUUGUUGAUGUUAAUUAAAUAAAGAAACAUUUGAUGGUUCUAACUCGACCCCAAAUAAAUCGUUAUUAUUAAAAAAGCAAGGAAUUAUGCAAUAUAUUUAGAGGAUACUCAAAUAUCGUUUUGGUUAUGCGAAUUUUUAUUUUAAUAAAAAAGAAAAAUUACGAGGAAAAACGGGAGGAGUUUGAAAUCGCAAAAAAGAAGCACCGACACUAAUAUUAUUAACAUUAACGAAUAAUGAUUUUAAAAUAAGCGAAUUACAUUUAUAAGGAAAGAUUAUGAAAAUAUAUAUUUAUCUAUGUCUUCUGUGAAGAUAGAAAAUAGCACUCUCUCACUCUAUAUUGAUGAUAUCAGAUAAAAAGGAAAAAAAUUGAAAUCCAUAAAGAUAAAAAACGCAGAAGUAGAUUAGGGAGGAAAUGAAAGGAUUUGCACUGUACACAAUACAUGAUACGAUCGAUGACAAACCGACGAAAUUUGUUAAAUAUCUUUGUACAUAUUUACAUAAAAAAGAAAUCAUCAAAAGAAAAAGUUCCAGUGACUACGUUUUGUGUACUGCAUAAAAUACUCUGGUGAGAACAAAAGAUUCAUUUAUUGUAAACCGUAAAAUCUUUUGAAAUUAAAAAAAGGUGUAUUAGUUUUUCGUCAGUAUUUUCAUAGAGACUCGUGUGUAAAAAUUAUUUGUUUGUAGUAAUUUGUUUAGUCAUUAAAAAUUACAGUAAUAAAAUAGUUGAAAUAUUAAUGUUUUUUAAAUAAAUGUUGAUAAUAUAUUAAAUAAAUAUUGAUUUGAAAAUAAUUCAAUUUUUUAAAUGUUAACUUUACGAAAUUACUAUCUCUAUGAAAACAUCGACUAUGAUUCUUAUAAUAACUAAAUUAUUUACGAAAAUAGGAAACUCACUGAUCUAUUUGCAAUUUAUAUUUCUUCAUAUCCUGGAACUGCCAUAUCAAAGAAUUGAGCUUGAUUAUAAAAAUGAUUAAAUGAAGUAAUGAUCAGAAAGAAUGGGAUCUACCUGUAUAUUAUCAUAAAUAAAACAAAACGAGGAUCAAAGUAGUUGAUUUAACAAGUAAAUAAAGAACGAAAUGAUAUAUCAUUAAAUUAGAGGUUUAAAAAUAUAAUAGAAUUCAGUAUAUGUACAGUAUUUGAAAAACAUGUUUAUAAUUUGUAUGGAAAAUAAAUAAUUGAUAUAAAAAGAAA